AUGAGUCAAAACCAAGAGAAGCUAGAGUCCGAAUUAUUUUAGUAAUACUAAUAGGCUAUUGACCUGCUUGAAAAUGGGAAUGAAGCAAAAGGGAUACAAAUUUUGAAGGAUUUAAUGCAGAAUCAAUCCAUUAUUAAUCAAGAUGAUAAAAAGAUUUUAUAUGGAAUCUACAUGUCAUUAGCUGAAAUUCAAGCCUAAAGUGAUUGUGUAGAGAAUAAAUGCGAAGCUUUAUAUUAUUAUUACCAAAGUACAUUAAUUUCAGAUAAUUGCUGGCAAACCCAAAGAAAAAUGGCUUUAAUAUUUAGGCAAUUAGGAAUGAUGCCUAGAGCCUUAAAUGUUAUAUUGAAAGCACUACAAUUAUGCAAUUCACCUAAUCUCAUCUAGGCCAUACUCUAUCAAGUCUGUUCUAUUUGUUUUUUAAUGGAUGAUUAAAAAUAAUUCCAAAUAUAUUUUGAUAAAAUGGCUGAUAAUAAUAAUCUCAAGCACAAAAUUGCAGAAUUGAACAAAUACUUUAUUGAUAAAAAUAAUAUUACUGAUUUUGUUAAUGAGCUUUUGAAAGAACAAUCUUAAAUUCAAUAACAAUUAGAAAAGAUUCCCUUUGAAUCAAAUUAGAAGUUAGAAUAUUUUAAUUAAACAUUCUAAUUUGAAAUUAAAUUAGAUACUUAUGAUUUAAAGAAAUUCUUUAAAAAAAUAUAGAAUAUUUUAUAAAUAAAUGUCAAUUUUGAACCAAAAAAGUUUGAUUUUAUUUAGAAUGAGAAAUGCUUUAUGUCUAAUACUAAAAUAAUAGUGAUUUCCAAAGAUCAACAAUAAAAUUCCAAAGAUGUUUCAAAGGAGUUGCCAAAGGAAAGUCAGCCAGUUAAAUAAUCCGAAAGAUAGAAGUCAAAAAAAUCUAAGCAGCAAUAAGAUUAAUAAUUCGUAUUAGAUUAAAUUAUUCAAUCUAAUCACAAUAAAUUAAUAGAAUUAAUGAAGUAAUUUGAUGGAAAUGAAAUAUUCUAACUUAAUAAUAAUAACAAUAAAAUUUCAAGUGAAUAAAAUGAAAAGUAAGAGUGUCCUGUAGCUAAAUUUCUAUUGGAACAAUUAAACAAAAAAUAGUUCUUGACAAUAAUUGAAUUAUUACAAAGUCUAAUAACAUUAAUUUGUUAAGACUAUUAAUUGUAUGAGAAUCCUCCCUAAUAAUAGGAUAUGGUAAGUGAACAAUAAAAAAGUCCCUAAAGUAAAAAUUCUAAUAGUUCUUCAUACCACGAAGCUCUAAGAGGUUUAAUAAAUUGUAUUGUUUGGGCUUAAUACUCAACGAACAAAUUUACUGAUAAUCCUAAAAUUAAAUUGAGAUUAUUGGAAGUUGCAUAUGAAGAAUUAACUUUGAGAUUUAAAGAAAAGAAACCAAAAUCUCCAGAACAACAAAACAAAAUUAAAAAUUUUAUUACUUUUAUUAAUAAUAUGAAAUUAGAACUUUUGUAAACAAAUAUCGCUUAAGUAAUAAAUGAUCAAGCAGAAAUCUAAUCAUAUUUAUCAAAAUAUUACAGAGUCAUGGCCUAGAUACAUAGUGAUAUCAAUUUUUUUUAAGGAAGAAUAGCAAAAUUGUGUGUAUUAGAAUUAAAUAACCCAGAAAUAACUUAAGAAAUUAGAGAUAAGAUAAAAUCUGCAUAAUUUUAAAUUUCUUCUAACUCACCACAUUAAUCCUAAUAAAUUUAAUAAAUUCUUACUUAAUGGGAAUAAAAAGAAUAGAGAUUAGAAGAUAAUGAGAAAAUUAGAACUUAAAUCAAUUAUGUGUAAGACUAUCUAUAAUAGAAUUAAAGUUAUGAUUUAGUCAAAAGGUUAGCUAUAAUUUGUCUUAAUUAAUUUUAUUUUGUACAAUAAAAGGAAGAACUUAAAGUAAUUUAUAGAUUUGUAUAACCAUUAAUUUAGUAAUUUUUGAAUAUCAAUUAACCUGAUCUUUUAAUUGGCUUUAUAUUCUUGAAAUUUUCCAUAAUUUAUUCUUUAAUGGAAUAUGAUUCAAGUGAGUUUUUGGCUAAAUUUAUUGAAAUAUUCUUAACUCAAACAAAUGGCUAUAAUAAGCAUCUAAUUUUGAUGGAAAUUCUAAGAUUUCAUCAUCUAAAUAUAAACAAGCUUUUCACAUAUGUAAACAUAGAUCUCAUCCUUCAAGAGUUCAUUAAAGCAAAAAUAUAAAUGAAAGAUAGAUAUAAUCAAUUAAUAGAUUAAUAUAAAAACAGUGUUUAAAAUGAUUUAGAGCUUCGUUAUUAUUUGAUUCAUUUGUUAGAUUUAAAAGACCAAUACACACCUUAAUUUAUGGUCCAAUAAAAUGAGUUGCAAAUUGAAAUUGAAAAAUUUGAAAGUAAAUACCCUUAGCCAGAAUCAUUUUCAAGUGCUUCUGAGGAUGAAGUAGAAUCGGAUGACAUAUUCUAGAAAUCAUACUAAAAUCUAUAAUUAACAAAAGAACAAACAGAAAAUGCCUUUAAGAUAGGAAAGUAUAAUUAUUAGUUCCCCACUAAAUCAGUUGAAUUCUUAUAAAAUCAUACUAUCAAAAUUAAUAUGGGAGAUCCAAAAAUUAUUGAACAUAUAAAGAGAUUUGCUAAAGAGAAAAUUAGAGUUGAAUUCGGAUUAAGUACUAAAGAAUUAAGCAAAAACUUUUAGUACAUAUUCUUAAAAAGUUAUUAUCUAUUGUAAGAAUUUACAAGAGACUUAUCUGAGAUUGAGCUUCAGUUCAUGGGUUAUUUCUUAACUCAUUUUUCAAAGCUAUUUUAAGAUUAGAGAUAAUUAAAUCAAUUUAUUCUUGAUGUCAUUAAGAAGUCUCUGCAAAAAUUUAAUGAUACUAAAAUUUAGGAAUUUGCUGAAUGGUUAUAUUCAUCAAUAUUUACUAAGCAGAAAUAAAAAGUUUAAUCAAUUAAAGAAUUUCAAGAAUGUAUUCAUCAGAACAAUUUGUAGUGUGAUUACAAAUCAAACUUAUAUUAUCAAAUUCAAAAAUCAGAAGAACUGAAUUUUAAUGAAAGUCAACAAAAGAUUGAUUUUAAAAAUAUUUGUUAUGCUUUAGCUUAUAAAGAAUCACCAUUUUUAUGGAAUUAUUUGUAUUAAGGUACUUUUGAAUAAGCCCAAAAGUAAUUUAAGCAGAAGAAUUAAACUGAAAUUGAUUGGUUUUUAAGUUAGAAAAAGAUUUAGGCACUGGUGAAUAAGAAUCCUCAAUUAAAUCACUUAAAUGAAUAUAGAUAUAUUAUGGACCUUAUCAAAUUAAUGCAAAGGUAGGUUGAAUAUUAACAUUCAAGUAAUGAAUAGUUGUAUAAAAAGACAGAAUAAGGAUAUUAGGCACUUUAUCAGAAAUAAUUCAAUUUGCCAAAAGAUGCUUUUGAAAUAGAGAACAACUUCAGGGUUUUACAACUUUAUGAAAAAAAAGUAAUGAGAAAAUAUAGGAAUAUUCCAAUUGAAAGAAUUAGUUAAAAUUUAGAUAAUAUUUGCAGUCUUGUUGAUUUAAUCAAGUAAAUGAAAGAAUAUGAAAUUGAAUAUUUUUAUCAAUCCAAUGACGGUGAACAAGAAAUGAAGUAGGAUCUUUAUAUAAAUAUUUAUAAAUUUAUCAGAAGGUUUCUAAGGCACAGACUUUACAACCAAUUAAAUCAAUUAGUUUAAAUAAUCAAAGAAAAGUAUUCUUAUUUAUUAAAUUAAAAUCAGAGUGAUCUAUAAUUUUAAUUUUAAUAUGACAAUAGGAAAUUCAAAAUAUCUAAUUUUACUUAAGAACAACUUGAAUAAGAGGAGAACACUGAAUACAAUACAUAAGAAGUUAAUUUAAUUUUGAAUAACCUUUUAACUAUAUUCAUAGAGAAUACACAAAAAUUGGUAAGGAAAAAGGCUUAAAGGUAUGUUAUUGAAUCAUUCUAUUAUGCAACACAUUUAAAAUUUAACAGUUAAGCCCCUAUAGAUUAAGUUUUUGCAUAAAUAUCUUCUAUUUAUCAACCAAACAGUAGAGAUCUUGUGUAUUAUUACUUAUAAAUUGAUAAAUACAAGUGUGAAAAAGAUGAAGUACUCAGUCACUAUUAUUCAUAAGACCUCAUCUUUAAUUAUUAAAAGUCUAAAAUAAUCAAAUUAAUUAUCAAAAUUUUGUUAAAAAUGCAAAAAUUCAAGGAUAUCUAUUAACUUUUUGAAAAACUGCAUAAAACUUACGAUAUUCGAUUAUUUUAGGCCUGUAUCGGAUUGCUAGACGAAUGUAAAAGGAUUGAUGAUAAAAUUUUAAUUAGAGACAUAAUAUUGAAAUCUGAAUCUUAUAGAAGGACUAUUGAGCUAUUUAAAUAGGAUUCUCUAAUACCAUUAUUAAAUAAUAUGUAUAUAAGAUUGUAUGAGAAAGAUCAACAAGAAUAAAAUGAAGGCGAUUUCAUAAAUGAAACCUCAGAAACUAAAUUGGAGAAAGGAAAGAAAAUUGUUGAAGAUUACAGGGCUACUAAAAGAAAGCCUGCUAAGCCAAAAGAUCCAUAAUAAUAAACUUAAACUUCUUAGGCACAAGGUCAACCAUAGCAAACAUAACUAAUUUAAUAAGUUGUAGAUGACGUUGGAUAGUAUAUUAAUUAAGGAGCAAUGAUACAGAGUUUCAACGAUUUUGAUAAUAUGUGA